UCUCUCUGUCUCUGUGUGUGUGUGUGUGUGUGUGUGUGUGUGUCGGUAACCACUCCAGAUCCCCUCUUAAGCCUCCUCCCCCUCUGUCCUAAUCUCAAAGUCCAGCUAGUCAGUGAAGAGUUGGAGCCCAUCCUCAGACUGCUUCACAAAGACUCGCUUCCCGACACAGAAAGAGGACUUCCGCCUGGAGGUAUUUGCUGAGAUCUUUGCGCCUAGAGACCUUCUCUCCUAGGACUCCAGAGAUGCGUCUUUCUUGGAUCCGGAGCCUGAGAUUAGGUACUUUCUGGACCUCUGGAACCAAGCUCAGCAUUCACACUAACCCUAGGAUGCCUCCCUGUGACUUCACGCCUGAAAAAUACAAGAGUCUUGCGUAUAACCGUGUUGUGGAGAUCCACAAUGAACAUUUCUCUCCGGUGACGACGGCAUACUUUCAGAAACCCUUGCUGAUCCACCAGGGGCACAUGGAGUGGCUAUUUGAUGUUGAGGGAAACAGAUACCUGGACUUCUUCUCAGGGAUUGUCACUGUCAGUGUUGGUCACUGCCACCCGAAGGUCAACGCAGUAGCCCAAAAGCAGCUUGGCCGCUUGUGGCACACAAGUGCUAUCUUCUAUCAUCCCCCGAUACAUGAAUACACAGAGAAGCUCUCUGCACUUCUUCCUGAGCCUCUUAAGGUCAUUUUCUUGGCCAACAGUGGCUCAGAAGCCAAUGACCUGGCCAUGUUGAUGGCCAGAGCUCAUUCAAAUAAUUUAGACAUCAUUUCAUUCAGAGGGGCCUACCACGGAUGUAGUCCUUACACCCUGGGGCUGACAAAUGUCGGCCCCUUCAAGAUGGAACUCCCCGGUGGGACGGGUUGCCAAGCAACUAUGUGCCCAGAUAUUUUUCGUGGUCCUUGGGGAGGAAGCCACUGCCGAGAUUCUCCUGUACAGACAAUUAGGAAAUGCAGCUGCGCACCAGACUGCUGCCAAGCUAAAGACAUGUAUAUUGAACAGUUCAAAGAAACUCUAAACACUACUGUCGCCAAGUCAAUUGCUGGGUUUUUUGCCGAGCCGAUUCAAGGUGUGAAUGGAGUCGUGCAGUACCCGAAGGGGUUUCUGAAAGAAGCCUUCCAGCUGGUGCGAGAGAGGGGAGGAGUGUGCAUUGCAGAUGAAGUGCAGACAGGCUUCGGAAGGUUGGGCUCUCACUUCUGGGGCUUCCAAUCCCACGAUGUCCUGCCUGACAUUGUCACCAUGGCUAAAGGAAUUGGAAAUGGCUUUCCCAUGGCAGCAGUUGUGACCACUCCAGAGAUUGCCAAGUCUUUGGCUAAACGCCUGCUUCACUUCAACACCUUUGGAGGGAACCCCCUGGCCUGUGCCAUUGGCUCCGCUGUGCUUGAGGUGAUUAAAGAAGAUGGUCUACAGGAAAACAGUCAAGAAGUUGGCAACUAUAUGUUACUGAAGUUUGCCAAGCUGCGGGAGGAAUUUGAAAUUGUCGGAGAUCCUAAAACAGGAUUCCACGUAAACCAGAUGCACAACCGGACAGGAAACAACUACCGUCUAGGCUCCAGGUGUUCAUCCUCAGCCUGGGAAACAGGGCGCCGGCGGAGAAGGGGGAUAGAUUUGAACUGCUUUUUUGUUUUCUUCCUUUGCCUUCUGGGAAAUUAUGCCAGUCAUUCAAACGCCAAAUGUAACGUGUUUCUACAAAUGUGUUUACAGAUGAGCCGCCAGCCUCUUCCUCGGGAAGAAGUAAAUCAAAUCCACGAGGACUGCAAAGACAUGGGUCUCUUAAUUGGCAAAGGAGGCAUUUUUUCUCAGACGUUCCGCAUUGCACCCUCAAUGUGUAUCACUAAACCAGAUGCUGAUUUUGCCGUGGAGGUGUUUCGCUGUGCCUUAAUCCAACACACGGAAAGAAGAGCCAAGUAAAGUUCUGAAAUCAAAAGAAAAACAAACAGAAAGCACAAGACUCAAACACUCUUCACUGGACGUUCAAGGGUGAAUUGGAGGACUCGCAGAACUACUGGUAUUUUGAGGAAACCUAAGGCGCUCUAGUUUUAAGAGGCACAGUUGAGUGGCUACUGGCCAUCUUUGGGGACAGAGGUGCUAUGAUCUUGAGAAAUCCAUCCUUCCGAGAAAGAAACACUAUCCCUAGCUCAGAAAGUAAGUUCUAAGUGUGGUUCCCCUCUGCAAAGAUCAGUUUAUGCAUGAAUAUGUGGCAUACCUUGGUGCAGGAAAAAAAAAUACUUCAUUUACUUUUUAUCUUCACUCUGACUCUUCUGGGACAAAAACAUCAUUAUGUCAUUAUGCCUGGAACCCUGUCGCCUAUCCUGAGUCUAUGAAGAAAAAGUCUAUUUUUAAGGCCAACGCUAAGUCCUUGGUGAUGUCAAUAAGUCCGUAUCUUAACCAGUCCUGGAAGCUCCUGCCUUCUGUAUACUGCCAGAUCAUAUCUGAUUCGUUUAGGGUCUUAAAACACUCACUGCCAUUGAGUCAAUUCUGACUCACAGCACUCCCCUAGAGACAGAG